GCCCUUUUCCUUUCAUUUUUUUCAAACCAAGACAUGCGCAGAUCGGUUCAGAGUGCAGUAGAGGCAGAUACUCGUGAGGUGGCGCCAAUGACGCGAACAUUCAACCGUAGAAGAAGAAGUCUUCCUCCGGCUGUCUUCGCUAUUUCAAAGGCUCAGGGUUCGGCUGCAGCCGCGGCUGAAGAUGUCGCAGCAGAAACGCGUCCAGAGCUGUGGCGGUGGCGACGACCAGGAAGGCUUUGAGCUGUCGGCCAGUGAUGAGUCGGAGCCCGAGGAGGAGCUGAGCCGGGCACCCUUCGACCAGGAGCUGGACGACAGCGAUGAUGGGGGGCCGGAGGUGUGCGCUCCAGGCUCCACCCCCUCACCUGCGAGUGCAUUCAUCCUGAGCGGUGGAAACUCUGCGUUCUCUUACCGCAGCCGCAACAUCUUUGACUGCCUGGACAGCGUGGAGAGGCAGUCUGCGCCCCCCCCGACUGAGGAGAGCUCCCCCACUGAGGAGAGCUCCCCCCCUCCUCCCAAAUGCCCCCCACCCACAAAGAAGAGAGGAGUCCCCGACUAUCUGCUUCAUCCGGAGCGCUGGACGCGCUACAGCCUGGAGGACGUGAAGGAGGCCACCGAUCAGGAGAACCGCCAGGCGGCGCACAACUUCCUGUCCAGUCUGCGGCCUGAAGACGGGAACCGGCCCCCCAGUGAGCCCCCCCACGACCACCAGCAAAAGAUGAUCUUCUCCAAACCCAAACGACCCUUCAAGGAAGAUCCGGCCGAGUCUUCAUCAGAGACUUCAAAGGAGAAGAGACUGCACCUCAGUCACCUGGCUGAGGAAGAGGAGGAGGACAACAAGGCUGCAGCAAGGACUGAGAAGGGCGGAGCCCCGCAGGAGUCCCUCCCCAGCUUCACCUCCUUCAAGAAAACCAAGGGGAAGAACUACAGAAGGAGCUCGGAUCAGAAGGACGAGUGAGGACGUCUCUGUACCAACACGUCAGUCACCAAACCAGUCCUCCUCGCCCCCCCACGGAAAGUUGAGACAUUCACACCCAACAGCAUGACAGGUGUGUUGAGAGAGAGCCUCACCUGCAGUUUGAAACUGAACUUUAGAAACGACAAGAAACUUUCCUGAAGAACAGAGAGAGGUGGGGCUCGAUACACGGAGCUCCAGUGUUUGUUCUUUUAAUUACUGUCAUUUUUUAAUUGUGUUAAUGGUUGAAAAGUUUCACAUUAAAGGGUUAAGUUCAAACGGGUCACUACUAGAAUGCUAACGAUGCUAAAGACGCUCAGCUCCCUCCAGGAGAAGAUCAAUGGAUCCAAUCAGAACAAAAUGAAAUUCAAAGACGCUCCAAGAUGACGUACGAAGGAGCUCGGUAAUCUUUACUAAGAUUGAAUAAAUACUCUGUAAAGCCUGAAGGUCUGAUUGAUGCUAAACUUCCUUUGUCCGGUCAAUGUGAUGCUUUAAUUCAGGGGUCUCAAAGAAAAAUGUUCUUAUUUCUGAGAAAUCCUAAAAUGUUGUCUUUGAUUAAUUGUUUCAGUCCGAAUUCAUCAGCAGAUGAUGUUCUUCUCAUAUUCUUGAGGUGUAAAUGUGUUUUUGUAAAACAGCUGAUCCUCCUCCGACAGACGUGUCCUCCUCCGUGGCGUUCCUGCUCCGGUAUCUCGUCUCUUCCCGCUGUCUUCCUGUUUUCCAUCCUGUGUGCUCAGUGGAGCGGCAGCGUCCAACAUUCAAAACCUCCUCAGCAAUAAAGACUAUUUACAUCCA